AGACCUUUUACUGACUUAAACGGCAAAAUGGUGCAUUCUCUCUCUAGGAUGACAUAAUAUGUUCUGGAAUCGUUUAAGAAAGACUGACAAUUUAAUUGAAUGUGUUACUAUUUUCAAUGUGAGUGAUACAACUGGAGAUCCUGUCCUGGAAUAUGUUUAUCCCUACGCUUACAAUGAAGAUUUUCGUCUGAAUAAACUUCACAAUUUUGUUCUUCCCUGCAGACAUAAAAGUCUCAUUUCAGAAGAAUAUACCCUGAUAUUCACAGAUGCCAAUGGGAAUUUAGAAUUCUUCUUGUGUAUCCUCCUUCCUAUUUCCAAGUAUAUUGUAUGCGUUAGCAGCUGUCUACCUUAUUUUGAACUUUUACAUUCCCUAAUCACAUUAAUCAAUCAAGAGCAUUUAUACCUAACAGAGAAUAGACAAAAUAUUGAAGUUGUACUGAAACGCUUACAUCAACAUUGUGGUGAAGCUAUCCUAGACUUAUCUGUCCUGUCAUCACCACCAUCAUCAGCUCGGAAUACAAUAAAAUCGAGUAUCCUGUUACCAGAUGCACAGACUCAGUUCUUCUACGAUCGCCAUAUUUUAGAGUAUUACAAUACACUGUCUAUUGGUAAUUGGAUUGUAAUAUUUGAGAGUUUACUUCUAGAAAAGAGUGUAAUAUUCUAUUCGAGUCGAUUACAACGUGUUACUUCCUGUCUGCUGGCGAGUUUAAGCCUACUGUAUCCUCUCAUAUGGCCCCACUUAAUAUAUACUCUGCUGCCACCUGAUUGCAUCGAUUAUGUUGGCUGUCCAACUCCCUUUGUUGCUGGUGUUCAUUCAUGUUUGACAGAGAGGAUGAAACCGUUAUUAGUACCUGGGGUUCGACUCGUGGAUUUGGAUCAUGAUAUUGUCUACGGGACUGGGGAUUCAGGGUUGUCUAUGCCAUCUGUUCUACGUCAUUGGUUAAUUAGACGUUGUAAUGCUUCGCAUAGUGCAAUUUUACGGCAUAUACGUUCAACAGAAAAUGUCGCUUCAACUGCUGCAUUACUUCUAGUUCGACCAUAUUUAGAAUUGAUGGCUAUUCUUCUCGGUGGUUAUCGAUCAGCACUACAACAUAAUGAAAGCUCUUCAUCAGUCAAUCUUGUACCGAUUCAUUCAGGGAAUAAUGAUACUCUAUCAAAAAGUAAAUUUGAUCAACCUUGUAUUGGUGGAUGGUUUUUCGAUCGUGCAGCUUUUGUUGUUUCUUGCGGACGAGAAUUACAACCAUAUCUAACAGAACUUUUAAAUUCUCAAAUGGUCAUUCAAUUUUUUGAAUCACGUGUGGCAGUUUUAAAUUCUAAUUUGUCUGUUAUUCCACCUGAUGACUUUGAAGACACCAUUGAUCAUGUUUCUCUACCACGACGGUCUGGGGGAUUCGCCGAUUUGCUUAAUUUCGGUCGGAGUGAAUUUGACAAAAUAACUCGAAAGAUGAAAUUACCUAUAAAAUUCAACAAACUGCUCACUGGGAGGUCUGAUAAAUUGUCACAGAAACUAUUUAAUCGUCCGAAUAAUCUUUAUCAAACGUUUAAGCUGAACGGUUCCUCUGUGGAUAAACAAGAUCACAAUGGUUCCUUUACACCAAAAGUCUACACAAAGAAAUCCUAUGCACCAUCUGUAUCAUGUCAACCACCUCAACAGGAUAUAUGUCAAAUGCUUAGAAAACAGUUAAAUCUCAAAGAAGACAAUAAAACUGCAACAACACCUGUGCUUCGAGAAAAGAAUGUUAAUGGCAAGCAGUCAUCUCAGAAUCGUUCAGCUUGGCAACCUCUUUCUCCUCAAAUCGAUACUGAACUCCGCCGGUCUGAACGUACAAAUCGUAGCCUGUUGACUAGUAUCCUGGCAGAACUACCAGAUUUUUCAUUUGAUCAUCUCUCUGUGUCUUCAACAAGUCAAGACGAUUGUUCUCAAGUACCUCUACGGAAAAGUUUGCCAAACAAUAAAAAAGAUCAUGUAGCCAGUCGUCGUUCUAGUACAUCAAAACGUAGGGGUUGUUAUAUAGAACCUUCAGAUUCAGGAUUAUAUCGUGAUUGGGUUUCUUUUGAUUCUAGUCCUUCACCUCCUCAUCAUUCUCCCACGAAUCUCGUUAAUUUAGAUUUUUCCACUACUGAUUCAGUCAAUUCAUCAUUUCAUCCAUUCACAGGUGAUAAACCCAUCAUAUCGUUAUCAUCAAGUGGUAUGAAACAGGUGAACUGUGAUCCCGAUCAAUUAGAAAAAGACAUUAUGGAUGAAUUUGAUCAGUUGUCAAUAUCUCGAAUUAGAAAAUCAUAGUUUUCUUUUAACAACUAAUCUCCUAUUAAUAAUUUUGAUAAUAAUAAUAUUAUUAUUACUAUUACUACUAUUAAUAUUGCAUAACAUGUUUAUUAUUAUGUAUAUCUUAUUCUCUCUUCCUCAAUCUGAAGUGAAUCUCCUCCGUCUGUAGAAGAAGAAAAGUAAUCUCAUUCCAGUUUCUUUUAUUUUCCCAAAAAUUAAUAUUUUAUCUAUUCAGUUUUAUAUAAUAUAAUAGUGGCUACAAGUUUUUUUGUAGUCUUAUUGUUAUUAUUAUUAUUACUACUACUGUUAUUAUUAUCAUUUUCUCAUUGAAAUGAUAGAUAAACAUGUGCAUUAUAUUUAUUACAAUUUAUAAUAUAUACAUAUUAAUUAUUCAUAAA